UGUGCCUGGCUGAGAAGAGGCUUCUCAGGAGUUCUGCUGAAUCCCGACUUUCCCUUCAACCAGAAAUGCGGCGAGAAAUUGCUGAGAAAAAUGACAGCUGAGGCCAUGACUUGUGCUAGAUCAUCCGCUUUGGAGACCCCGGUAAUUCUAGUGGAGUCAUCGCUAGAUUCCCACGCCGCAUCUGGCUACUACGCGGACGGCGGCGUGGGCGCCAACAGUGUGCUCAGCGCGGCGCUGGCGCAGCCUGAUGGACUGACGGCCCCGGACGCCGCCCUGGCCUUCUACGGCGCACUGCUACACGCCCCCCAGGAUGCCACCCCUACUUGGAUUACGAGCGCGCCUAGUCAGAGCCGUAUAGCGACCCGCUACGGCAGCGAGAUGGUGGACGCCGUGAACCUCUUGGCCUUAAUCCUGCCUGGGGCCGCGGUUAUACAGCAGGGAGACGAGCUGGGGGUAGCCGACACCAUCUUGGAAUGGGCGGCGUCAACCAACACCUGUUACCCUGGCCCAGCCGUCCCUGCCGCCGCGCCAUUCCCCUGGAGCGACGCGGCCAAUGGUGGCUUCACAACAGGGGAGCCGUGGAUGCCUCUGGCGCCGAACUAUAGAUAUGCCAACGCUAAGACCGAGUUCGCUAACAACAACAGCCAUGUGGGGGUGAUGAGAACUGCUGCCGCGAUGAGAACGUCUCCGGCUAUAGGACCGCAUGUAGACAUAAAACGACUGGGGAACGCUUUAGCGGUACUCCGCUGGGGAGGGCCCGGGUCUUUGCUGGUCGUGGUCAAUUUAGGCCGAGACCACGCCGAAGUCAAGCUCUCGGCCAUCUUCGGGUUGCCUACCCAGAUGACGGUGGCGGCCAGCUCCGCGGGCUCGAGUCUGUCCGUCGGGUCUCAUAUACCUGUUGAUAAAACGCUCAAAUUGGCCCCCGGGGAGACCCUCCUCUUAGCCGGGGGCCCACGCCACUGCGGGGGCCCGGGGCCCGUCGAUAAAAUCACAAGCAAACUGGCCGAAGGCUGGCAGAAGUUGAACCAAUACUUCAAUAACUAAAAGCUUAAAAGUUCCGAUACGUUAUCGGCGCGUACUACGAGUACAAAUAAAGUUUUACGAAACUAAUUUGUGUGUAAUUGAAUUUGUAGUUACCGAAGUUUUCGAUCAUGUUUGUCAAGUUUUAUGUCUAUCAACUAAAUAAUUUCCUUGAAA